GCAGCCAGUUCCUAAACCUCAAACACCUAAACACCGUAAUCACGAUCUCGGGGAUUCAAUAAUUCCAUUCAAUUGAAGUUAUUUAUUGUUCGUGAAAUUAUCCUUCAUUAUUGAAACUGUCUCUCUCCCCGUCUUCUCGUCCUCCUUCUCCUUCUCCUUUUUUCCUCCUUUAGACGUCUCUCUCCAAUAGAAUAUGUUACCGUACCACACCGGGACCUUGUUACCAAACCAAAAUUGAUAAGACCUCAUUCAUUUCGCAUUUAAUAAAAGCUUCGAGGCUGGGCCGUGGAUCCCCUUUAAACCUAACGGUUUUGCUUUGACAGUACCAGAAACCCAAACCCAAACCCAAGUUUGUUAUUCCUGACUAUCUCUAUCUUUAUCAAACGGCCACCUGGACAUUCCCUCCCUCUCGCUCGAUGCAAUGAGAUGAGAGAUACCAUAGUCGCUUUUGCGCCAUUGAAAAUCGAUGACUUCCCCAAGAUAGAUUGCCAAAUCCACUCAAAUGACAGUGCUUAAAGACGCGCUUUCGCGAUCCGAUACAUUUUUGCGACCCCGGUCGGAAUAUAUUUCGAGUCCCGGUGUGCAAUCCGACGAUUCUACACCUUCAACGCCAGAUAAAGAUCACGAACGAAAACCACGAACUGUGCGAAAACCAUCGCCUGGUCUUGCUGCUCGACUUGCAGCGUUAGGUUUUGGAAAGGAUCCCGAUCCAAAUUCGGCAACGGCAACGUCACCAGUCGACCGAAUUGGCCGCAUUCCUGAAGAUCAAAUCCGCCAGCUUGAUCAUCUCCACCGCGCUAAUUCGACGAGUUCGCAUAUUCACCGACGAGGUCGAGCUUGGAGUGGCAGCGUCGGUCUCUUGACCCCUCAAGUAACUGGGGGUAGCUUUAAAGAGACCAACCUUCGAGAGAUCAACAUUAUUGACACGCGAGUACUCGACAGUGCCACGCACUCAACACCUUCGCUCGAUAACUUUGGUAAUCAGGACAUGACAACAAAUGUUGACCUCAUAGGAAUGGAUUCGCAGAAGUAUCGGUUGCCAGAACAUAUAAAUGGAAAUGGCACAAAGACAAUGGCAGAUAUAAAGCAGGCGCACAUCGAACGGAAUAUACCUCCUGUAGAAGACAUUGAAAUACAUCCACCUCCUAUUCACGAAAAACAAACACCUCCACUUCAUAUCCACGAAGAAGAAACACCUCCACCUCCCAUCCGCGAAGAAGAAACGCCUCCAUCUCCUAUCCGCAAAGAAGAAACACCUCCACCUCCUAUUCACGAAGACGAAACACCUCCACCUCCCAUAGCUAAAGAUACUCCGCCAACUGCGACAACACCCAGCGAAUCUUCAAACGAUGUUUCAUCCUACUUCAACCCCUUUGGCCAUCAACGGGCAGGCUCAAUUUACACGUUAUCGCGAGCGUCUUUUGCAAGUCAACUUGCUCAAUUGACGUCGUUGCAACUACCAGAUGCAGCCUCGUUAUCAACGAAAAUAUCCGCAAUUCCCAGCUCAAAAUCUGCCUCAAAGGCAUUGAUGGGAGCCGCAGAACAAAUUAGAAGUUGGAUUUCAAAAGCAUCUGAUGUUGUGUCUGGCCUAGACGGAGAGGAUGAUGUGGAAUGGGCAGCAGCUGGUGGUAGAGAAGGGCUAGAGGAAGUGGAUAAUGCGAUUACACGCUUCGAAAAAUUAAUUAAUGUUUACGUGUCAGCCAUCGAGUCUUUACAAGAACGCCCGGAUAUUGCUACGGUUCCUGCAGACGAACUUCAAAAGGUCGUGCUACAGGUUGAAAGUAUCCUUGAGGAAUGGGAAAAGAUAAGGAGAAAUCUUAAGGGUGUAAAAAACUCGGUUGAAAUUGCGAUGGAAUGGGAGGAAUUAUGGAACACAGUUUUGGGAGAUAUAGGCAACGAAGUGGACAUUCUGGCGCGACUCGUUUUCGAAAUGGAGGAGAAGCGGCACAAAUCGUUGGCAGAAGCCGAUAAUGACGGAGUUGACAUCAAAGAGCUCGAGACAAUUGUAGAAGAAACGCCUUCAUCUAAGUCGAGAUUACAGACCAACAGUCGAUUUGGCAUGGCAUCUUCAGCAGCCUUUCCUCUGAGCCCGAACUCGCCAGUAACACCGAUAAUGGCGCAAGAUGACUCAAGCCUAUUAGCAUUAUUUGCAAGAAUGCAACCCCUGAGAGCUUCUUUGGACUUUCUACCUAUGAGAUUAUCUACGUUUCAUGCUAGAGCCGAAGCGAUAUUUCCCACGGCCUGCGACGAGCUGGAAAGUCGACGAGGCGGUUUGGAGAAAAGCUGGAACUCUCUUGAAAAAGAUGCCGAAUCAUUACGAAGAGAACUUGGCGAAGAUCGUUGGGUUCUCGUCUUCCGCGGUGCAGGUCGACAAGCACAGAAAAUGUACGAAUCUGUCGAAAGGAGCUGUGCCAAAUUGAAGGAGUCUCUUGAUAAUGGGGUCCAUCUAAACAACCCGGCUACGAUGGGCAAGAAGAUCGAAAGUUACGAAGCAAAGAAAAUGCACUACGGUCCCGCCAUCGAACGAGUUCUUUCAAUUAUCGAGAAAGGAGUAAAGGAUCGCCUCACAGUCAAUGGUGAAAUCUUGAGAUUACACUCAGAUAUGCAACAGAAGUGGGAUUCAUUGAAAGAUCAAAUGAACGAAUUGGACACAAUCCUUGAAGAACUCCAGGCAGAUCGCAGAAACCAGCAGCUCAGAGAUUCAAUUUCGAGUAUGGUUUCGAAUGACCGCUCAACUAUUGGAAGCUUGAGCAAUGACACACCAGGAAGUUCGCCAGCAUCCUCAGUUAUAAUGUCAAACUUAAGUAGUAAACUUGACCCCACGACACCUGCAAGAAAUGGAAAGAUACGGUCUAGUGGCAGAAGCAGUGUAGCUGGAUCAAGAAGAAAUUUAAGUGCUGGGCAACCUCCUCGGUCUUUCAGUCGAGCUUCCCCAUCCCCUAUUCCUCCCCGGCAAAGCUCUGCAACUCCAACUGGUCGACUCCCCCGACCUUCCAACACACCCAGUGACAAUCGACCUCGAUGGAAUAGCAGCACCAAUACCAAUGAUACACUUAUUGGUCAUGGCUUCAAACCUCUUAGUGUCACAACACCAAGUUCCACUCAAUCGAAUCGGUCUACUAGGUCCAGUACAUCUGAGUCUAAAAUACCACUACGAAGCCCAUUGGGUCGCGGAAAUACAGCCUCUCCAGUCAUACGAGAACCCACAACUCCUUCAGGCAAUCGGCCGGCGUCGCGAACAGUACGCCGAGACCUCUCUACCCCUGGACCAUACUCUCAACAUACACUAUCAGUUAAUUCCCCUUCCCGUCCCCGUGUUCUGGCUAGCAAGUCUUCCAUGUCCAAUCUGACAGGCAAUAACCGUCGUUCUUCGAUGCAACCUUCAUAUUCAUAUGACGCCAGAGCUAGCAGCCCUGUAGUUCGAAGACCUGCUAGUUCGCUAGCUACUAGCAGAAGGAUAAGCCUUCUUCCCACCCCACGAGGCAGAAACUCAGAAAUGGCUGGCAGGGAUAGUCCAGCACCACAAAGAGGUAGCAGCACGUCCACAACUGAUAGCAAAGGUAAUCCCAAGAAGCAAUGGAGACCAUAAAGUCUCUUGUCAAAUCAAAGCUCUUGGGGUACUAAAGUUCUUGUAAAUGAGUUCUAGUCUUUAAUCGUUCGACUUAAAUUAUACACAGCAUGGUUUGUAGGCGUUUUUUUUUUUUCUUUCCUUACCACGCCAUUUUGAAACGCGCGACGUCUUUUAGCGAAUGGAAUUUUUGUGCUAUUGAAAUUAUACAGUGUGAAUGGAGCAUUGAAGGAGUUUAAACGGUAUGGUCGAAACUUGCCUACGCAAGAUUUCACGAUCCACAUUUGAAGGUUAUAGAAGUGCAAUGGACUGGAAUGUGAUGGAUUGGGAAUUUGGGGUGGUGAAGCGGCUGCGUGAGGUCAACGAUGGAGAAUGAUACCAUUACUUGUAUGAUAGAUAAAUUAGGAUUACCAGGUAGUUAGCGAAGCGAAGGAAGACUGUGAUACCCUUUUACUACAACCAUAGAUGUCGACGUUUUCUUCUUCUUUCUAUAGAAUGAAAUGGUAUGUGAAAUAGUUUGAUAACGUUGAUCCCA